GUGACCCGCGUCAGCUGACCCGUCACGGUGGAGCUCGGCGCUGGCGCCCCGCAGCCCCCGCCCCGCCGCGCCCGGAGCGCCGGACCCUGCGGAGGGGUAAGAGCGCUCCCCGCCCUCCCCUCCUCUGCCGCCGGCUCGCCCCAGCCGUCUGCACCCCGACUCCUGUCCCCGGCCCAGCCCGACCCGCCCGGCCUGGCAGCCCGGAAGCCAUCGCGAGGAGGGCUGUGGCCGGGCUCAGCCCCGCGCUGCCCCCAGGCGGCCGGGAAGAGAUGGCCCAGGGGCGCGGGGGGCGGGACGUCGCUCUUACCGCCGGGGCGGAGGGCUGGUCCCCGCCGCCGAGCCCGGAUAUGGAGGAGCUGCUCCGGAGCGUGGAGAGGGACCUGAACAUAGAUGCCCGGCAGCUGGCUCCGGCUCCGGGGGGCGCCCACGUGGUGGCCCUGGUGCCCGCGCGCUGGCUGGCCAGCCUCCGCGAGCGCCGGCUGGGACCCUGCCCGCGGGCGGAGGGCCUGAGCGAGGCGGAAGUCAAGACUCUGCUGCAACGCUCGGUGCAGAGGCUGCCCCCCGGCUGGACGCGAGUGGAGGUGCACGGGCUGCGGAAACGGAGACUGUCCUACCCGCUGGGCGGGGGCCUGCCCUUGGAGGAGGGGUCCUGCGGCCCCGAGACCCUCACUCGCUUCAUGCAGGACGUGGCUGCCCAGAAUUAUCGCAACCUGUGGCGCCGCGCGUACCACACUUACGCGCAGCCCUAUAGUCGUAGCCCUGCCCCCUCAGCCGUCCCUGCCCUAGAGUCGGUCCGGCAGGCUCUGCAGAGGGUGUACGGUUGCCCCUUCCUGCCGGUGGGUGAAGCCACCCAGGGCCCAUCGUGUGCCAGAGAUGGCCCCUGUCUCCCGCGGGGCAGCCCCACCUGCCCCAGUCUGCUGCGGGCCGAGGCUCUGCUGGAGUCGCCGGAGAUGCUGUACGUCAUACACCCUUACGUGCAGUUCUCGCUGCACGACGUGGUCACCUUCAGCCCUGCCAAGCUGACCAACAGCCAAGCCAAAGUGCUCUUCCUUCUCUUCCGUGUGCUGAGGGCCAUGGAGGCCUGCCACCGCCAGGGGCUGGCUUGUGGGGCCCUGUCUUUGCACCACAUCGCUGUGGAUGAGAAGCUUUGCAGUGAGCUCCGGCUGGACCUGAGUGCCUACGAGAGGCCGGAGGACGAUGAGCACCAGGGGUCCCCUGGGGUGAGGGACGGGGCGGGCGGGGAGUCUGGAGAAGAGGGGCCGAGGGGCGCCGCGUGUCCCACCCGCCAGGAGGAGCUGAGGGGCUUCGUGCUGGACUGGGUGCACGGCGGCCUCAGCAACUUCCACUACCUCAUGCAGCUGAACCGCCUGGCAGGCCGGCGGCAGGGGGAUCCCAACUACCACCCGGUGCUGCCCUGGGUGGUGGACUUCAGCACGCCCCACGGGCGCUUCCGGGACCUGCGCAAGUCCAAGUUCCGCCUCAACAAGGGGGACAAGCAGCUGGACUUCACGUAUGAGAUGACGCGGCAGGCGUUUGUGGCCGGCGGCGCCGGCGGCGGGGAGCCGCCUCACGUUCCUCACCACAUCUCAGACGUACUCUCGGACAUCACGUACUACGUGUACAAGGCUCGGCGCACGCCGCGCUCCGUGCUCUGUGGCCAUGUCCGAGCCCAGUGGGAGCCCCAUGAGUAUCCUGCCAGCAUGGAGAGGAUGCAGAGCUGGACACCUGACGAGUGCAUCCCGGAGUUUUACACCGACCCCUCUAUCUUCUGCUCCAUCCACCCCGACAUGCCUGACCUGGAUGUGCCGGCCUGGUGCAGCUCCAGCGAGGAGUUUGUGGCUGCCCACCGGGCACUGCUGGAGAGCCAGGAGGUGUCGCGGGACCUGCACCACUGGAUUGACCUCACCUUCGGCUACAAACUCCAGGGCAAGGAGGCUGUGAAGGAGAAGAAUGUGUGUCUGCACCUGGUGGACGCUCACACCCACCUCACCAGCUAUGGCGUGGUCCAGCUCUUCGACCAGCCGCAUCCCCAGCGCCUGGCCGGGACCCCUGCCCUUGCCCCCGAGCCCCCUCCCAUCCCCCGGCUGUUGGUGCAGACCAUCCAAGAGACCACAGGCCAGGAGGACUUCCAAGGACAGCUAGCGAACGGGGUGGGUAGGGUGGUUUUGGAGGCCGCUCCGUGUGAGGCUGGCUGGACCAGAGACAGGCCCGUGGCAGGGGAGGACGACUUGGAGCAGGCCACGGAAGCUCUGGAUUCCAUCUCCCUCGCCGGGAAAGCAGGGGACCAGCUGGGUGCCUCCUCCAGUCCAGCCCCUGCUGGCCUCCUGUCUUUCUCUGUGGCCUCAACCUCUCGACCAAGCCGCAGGCACAGAGCUGCUGGGGCAGACCCUGGGGAGGGUGAGGAGGGGAAGAUCCUUCUUCCCGAGGGCUUCAAUCCCGUGCAGGCUCUGGAGGAGCUGGAGAAGAUGGGCAACUUCCUGGCCAAAGGCCUGGGGGGCCAGCUGCAGGUGCCGGAGCGGCCCCGGGGCCAGCCACCUGUGCAGCUGCGGGACCUCUUCCACCGGGACAUGCAGGCCCUGGGUGUCCUGCUGGCUGAGAUGGUGUUCGCCACCAGGGUCCGGACGCUGCCGCCGCACGCGCCUCUGUGGGUGCGCUUUGAGGCUAUCCGGGGGCUAUGCUUACGUCACCCCAAGGAGGUCCCUGUGUCCCUGCAGCCCGUGCUGGACACGCUCCUGCAGCUGAGUGGGCCUGAAGGCCCCACAGUAGCACAGAGGGGUGGGCUGGCCCCCCUGUUUGAGUACAGGCCUGUCUCCCAGGGAUUGCCCCCACCGUGCCCAGCCCAGCUCCUCAGCCCCUUCAGCUCGGUGGUGCCCUUCCCCCUCUACUUCCCGGCGCUGCACAAGUUCAUCCUCCUGUACCAGGCGAGGCGUGUGGAGGACGAGGCCCAGGGCCGGGAGCUGGUGUUUGCUCUGUGGCAGCAACUGGGUGCAGUGCUGAGCGACAUCACCCCCGAGGGCCUGGAGAUCCUGCUGCCCUUCGUGCUGUCACUCAUGUCCGAGGAGCACACGGCCGUGUACGCGGCCUGGUACCUAUUUGAGCCCGUUGCCAAGGCCCUGGGCCCCAGAAAUGCCAAUAAGUACCUCCUGAAGCCUCUCAUUGGUGCCUACGAGAGCCCCUGCCAGCUGCACGGCCGCUUCUACCUGUACACCGACUGCUUUGUGGCCCAGCUGAUGGUGCGGCUGGGCCUCCAGGCCUUUCUCGUGCACCUGCUGCCCCACGUCCUGCAGGUGCUGGCUGGGGUGGAGGCCUCCCAGGAGGAGAGCAAGGGCCUGGCGGGGGCGGCUGAGGAUGAGGAAGUGGCGCUGCCAGGGCCCGGGCCUGGCUCCUGUGCCUUUGGGGAGGAGAUCCAGAUGGACGAGGAGCCUGCAACCUCUGCCGGCCUGGGGCUCCCCGACUACACAUCCGGCGUCAGCUUCCACGACCAAGCCGAUCUCCCCGAGACAGAGGACUUCCAAGGCGGCCUCUAUGUGGCUGGGUCUCCACAGGAGGCUGAGGCCCUGAGCCUGGGCCGGCUGAGUGACAAGAGCAGCACCAGUGACACCUCCCUGGGGGAGGAGCGGGCCGGUGACGAGGGCUGCGCCCCUGUGGACAAGAGCAGCCUCAGGUCAGGUGACAGCAGCCAGGACCUGAAGCAAAGCGAGGGCUCAGAGGAUGAAGAGGAGGAAGAAGAAGGCUGUGUGGUGUUGGAGGAGGAGGAGGGGGCGGAACAAGAUGAGGUCACGGGGGCAUCUGAGCUCACUCUGUCUGACACGGUGCUGUCCAUGGAGACUGUUGUGGCUGGUGAUGGCCAGGGAGAUGGAGAGGAAGAGGAGGAGCCCCUGACCGGGCAGUCGGAAGGCAAAGAACACAGGAUCCUCCUUGAUACCGCCUGCAAGAUGGUCCGCUGGCUGUCCGCCAAGCUUGGCCCCACUGUGGCCUCUCGCCACGUGGCCCGGAACCUGCUCCGCCUGCUGACUUCUUGUUACGUUGGGCCCACUCGGCAGCAGUUCACCGUCAGCAGUGGCGAGAGCCCUCCGCUGAGUGCCGGCAACAUCUACCAGCGGAGGCCGGUACUGGGCGACGUGGUGUCGGCGCCUGUGCUCAGCUGCCUCCUGCACAUCGCCCACCUGUACGGGGAGCCCGUCCUCACCUAUCAGUACCUGCCCUACAUCAGUUACCUGGUGGCCCCUGGAAGCGCCUCAGGCCCCAGCCGACUGAACAGCCGCAAGGAGGCAGGGCUGCUGGCUGCGGUGACCCUGGCUCAGAAGAUCACCGUGUAUCUCUCGGACACCACCCUCAUGGACAUCCUGCCCCGGCUCAGCCACGAGGUCCUGCUGCCCGUGCUCAGCUUCCUCACGUCCCUUGUCACAGGGUUCCCAAGUGGGGCCCAGGCCCGCACCGUCCUGUGCGUGAAGACCAUCAGCCUCAUCGCCCUCAUCUGCCUGCGCAUCGGCCAGGAAAUGGUCCAGCAGCACCUCAGUGAGCCCGUGGCCACCUUCUUCCAGGUCUUCUCUCAGCUGCAUGAGCUUCGGCACCAGGACCUGAAGUGGGACUCUGCAGGCCGCAGCGAGGGCCAGCUGCCAGAGGCAGCCUUCUCCGAUGGGCAGCAGCGGCCGGUGGACCCCGCCCUGCUGGACGAGCUGCAGAAGGUGUUCACCCUGGAGAUGGCAUACACAAUCUACGUGCCCUUCUCCUGCCUGUUGGGUGACAUCAUCCGGAAAAUCAUCCCCAACCACGAGCUGGUGGGGGAGCUGGCGGGGCUGUAUUUGGAGAGCAUCAGCCUGAGCAGUCAGAACCCUGCCAGUGUGGAGCCCACCGUGCCCAGCAGCAGUGCUGAGCGAGACCCCCAGGGAGGGGGCUGCCCCCAGGAUGACAGCCACUCAGGGACCUUUGGGAGUGUCCUGGUUGGAAACCGCAUCCAGAUCCCCAGUGACCCUCAGCCCGAGAGCCCCGGCCCGCUGGGCCCCAUCUCCGGGGUGGGCAGCGGGGGCCUGGGCGCCGGGGCCGAAGACAACGCCCUGAAGCGGGAGCUGCCACGCAGCGCGCACGGGCUGAGCGGGAACUGGCUGGCGUACUGGCAGUACGAGAUCGGCGUGAGCCAGCAGGACGCCCACUUCCACUUCCACCAGAUCCGCCUGCAGAGCUUCCCGGGCCACUCGGGGGCCGUGAAGUGUGUAGCGGCCCUGAGCAGUGAGGACUUCUUCCUCAGCGGCAGCAAGGACCGGACCGUGCGCCUCUGGCCGCUCUACAACUACGGCGACGGGACCAGCGAGACGGCCCCACGCCUCGUCUACACCCAGCACCGCAAGAGCGUCUUCUACGUGGGCCAGCUCGAGGCCCCGCAGUAUGUGGUGAGCUGUGACGGGGCCGUGCACGUCUGGGACCCCUUCACAGGGAAGACGCUUCGCACAGUGGAGCCAUCGGACAGCCGAGUGCCCCUCACGGCCGUGGCUGUCAUGCCCGCCCCGCACGCCAGCAUCACCAUGGCCAGCUCUGACUCGACCCUGCGCUUCGUGGACUGCAGGAAGCCUGGCCUGCAGCAUGAGUUCCGCCUGGGUGGCGGGCUGAACCCUGGGCUGGUCCGCUCCCUGGCGGUCAGCCCCAGCGGCCGUAGCGUCGUGGCCGGCUUCUCCUCGGGCUUCAUGGUGCUCCUGGACACUCGCACGGGCCUGAUUCUUCGAGGCUGGCCAGCCCACGAAGGAGACAUCCUGCAGAUCAAGGCCGUGGAGGGCAGCGUGCUGGUCAGCUCCUCCUCGGACCACUCCUUGACCGUCUGGAAGGAGCUGGAGCAGAAGCCCACACACCACUACAAGUCUGCCUCCGACCCCAUCCACACCUUCGACCUGUACGGCAGCGAGGUGGUCACCGGCACCGUGGCCAACAAGAUUGGUGUCUGCUCCCUGCUGGAGCCGCCCUCGCAGGCCACCACAAAGCUCAGCUCCGAGAACUUCCGCGGCACGCUCACCAGCCUGGCCUUGCUGCCCACCAAACGCCACCUCCUGCUGGGCUCGGACAACGGCCUCAUCCGCCUCCUGGCCUAGACAGGACCUGGCUAGGCCGGGCUGGCCGACACCCCCGCCCAACCCCCCUGGAGUCCAGCUCUUGCCCUUGUUUUCCCAGCAACUCCCUGCAGGCGGGCCUCAGGCCUCACACUCUGUGUGCCCAGUGUGGCCUGCCAGGCUGAGUGUGAGUAUGUGGGGCCCUGGACCCUGGCUCCUCAGCACACCAAGGCUGCCGGGAGUGGAUCUCCUUCGUGGCUUGGAGAGACGCUGCCCUUAGCCAGCAGGAAGUGAAGGACACUGGGAAAGCGCUGCUCCCUCGCUCUCCCAGCUCUGCCCUCUGGGCCCACCCGGGAAGGGGAAGCCCUGGGGAGGGGAAGGGAGCCCGGUCCCGCCCCGCCAACCUCUAACCAAGCACACCCCCUCCCCUAAUGGACUCUCUGCCUGUGUCCCCCAAGGACAAGGAAGCUGUCCCAGGCCAGGGCACUGAUGGUGCUUGGCCUCCAGCCUCAAGAGGGCUGGCCACGAUCCAGGAGUUAAGGGCCUUGGUCUGGGGCUUAUGUGUCUGUCCAGCCCAGGCCCUACCUGGUUUGGGACCAGAAGGGGAAGAAAGAGGACAGGAUCAGAGAAGGGGGGGUUGGGCCAGCUGGUACCUGCCAGGAAUGACCCCUGCCUUGCCUGCCCUCCCCUAACCACAGCGUUUGUGCCUUGAGCUGAGGAGGCAGCACCUGGCUGGGCCCAGAACCCAGGAGGCCUUGAGAGAAGGGGCAAGAAGAGUCAUCUGUGCAUCUCAGGGCUCCCCCAGGGGGACAGGAAGACCCUGGGCUGUCCCCAGGUCUGGCCCUGGGUCCUUGUGUUCUGGAGCAGAGAUGCAGUCAGAGGCGUGGCCCCUGCUGCCUCCUCACUAUUUGCAAUAGAUGUAAAUAGAACCAAUAAAUCCUUCUAAGAGCCACAGAA